AUGCAGAUCGUACGUACCGUCUUAAGCCUUCUCGGCUAUGCAUCUCUGGCCGCGGCUGUUCCAGCCAUCAAUGUCAGAGCCAACUACUUCGUCAACAAUGUCACUGGUGACCGUUACCAGAUUGUCGGUGUCGCCUAUCAACCUGGUGGUAGCUCUGGCUAUGAUCCUUCCUCUGGAACGGAUGCUCUGACCAAUAAGGAUGCUUGCCUUCGUGAUGCCGCCCUCAUGCAGGUACUCGGUGUCAACGCUGUCCGUGUUUACAACAUCAACCCUGACCUCAACCAUGACGAGUGCGCCUCGAUCUUCAAUGCGGCGGGCAUCUUCAUGUUACUCGACGUCAACGCGCCUCUGGCUGGGGACAGCAUCAAUUCGCUCCAACCAGGAGCAAGCUACUACGCCGGCUAUCUGAAUCGUACAUUUGCUGUCGUCGAGGCCUUCAAGAGCUAUCCCAAUACCGUCGCAUUCUUUGCCGGCAACGAGGUUAUCUCUGACGUGGCAACCGGCUAUACCGUCCCUCCCUACAUGCGUGCCGUCACGCGUGAUCUCAAGAACUACAUCGCCCGGCACUCCGAUCGCGCCAUUCCUGUGGGCUACAGCGCCGCCGAUGUUCGCUCGAUCCUCUUCGACACGUGGGCGUACCUGCAAUGCGACGAUACAGCUGGUGAUGAUACCUCCUCGGGCGACGCGAGCCGCGUCGACUUCUUCUCGCUCAACAGCUACUCGUGGUGUGGCAACAGCUCCUUCACCGAAUCUACCUACAACCAGCUUGUCGCCGGCUUCAGCAACUCCUCCGUACCCAUCUUCUUGUCCGAGUACGGCUGCAACGUGCCUGAGCCUCGCGUCUUCACAGAAGUGCCCGUGAUCUACAGCACUCAGAUGAGUGGUGUGUUCAGCGGUGGCAUUGUGUAUGAGUUUGUCCAGGGCAGCAAUAACUAUGGCCUCGUCAACUAUAGCUCCGACGGUACUGCCCAACUUCUCGACGACUUCUACACCCUCAAGGAUCGAUAUGCUGCCUUGAACUUCGCCACCAUCCAGGGCGUCGCACCACCUGCCAACAGCCCCUCUGUGCCUACGUGCAGCGCCAAUAUGAUCACCACGCCCGGCUUCUGUACUGACUUCACCGUUCCAUUACCUCCUUCCGGAGCGGAGGACAUCAUAGCCAACGGCGUGAGCCCCUUGCCGAGCGGCAAGAUUGUGCCAAUUAAUGACUACACUGUCAAUAGCACCGUGAAGGACAACCAUGGCAAUGUCAUCACUGGCCUGAAGGUUGUACCACUGGCCGAGGAUCAAAUCAAUCAGCCUGGCAGCAAUGCCGCCGUUGCCAGCACGUCGGGUAGUACCCCGACCUCGAGCGGCAUGCCGACGGGCACUACGAGCUCUGCCUCUGCCACGUCCACACCUAAGGAGACGAGUGCAGGGACAGGUGUGCGACACGUCCAGAGCGAGUCGAUACCACUGGUGGUGGUAUCUGCUGUCGUCGCUAGCUUCCUAGCCGGCUUCCUCGGCUAA